AUGGAGUCUGAUUCUAGCCUCGAUUUCGAAGAUUAUACUAUCGCAUGGAUAGCCCCUCACGAAAUUGAAGCACAGGCUGCCUGGUAUAUGUUGGAUCGAAGGCAUCAAGGAAAUUUUGAUACAAGCCGGGGGGAUGACUAUAUAUAUACGGCAGGAGAGAUCAACGGCCAUAAUGUGAUUAUUGCAACCUUUCCGGCCGGUCACGAUUACGGAAUUGGCUCUGCGGCAGCUCUUGCGAGUCAAGUGAAGAAGAGCUUUCCCAAUCUUUGGUUUGGGCUCUUGGUUGGAGUUGCUGCUGGUCUCCCUGACCUUUCUCUCAUUCCUCCGCGUGAUAUUCGCCUUGGAGACGUCCUCGUUGGCAUUGGUGAAGGCGACAACGCAGGACUUGUGGGCUAUGGUUUGGGUAAAGAAACGGCGACAGGGUUUGAACUCUUACGGCAUGGGUUCCAGGCCAAGACAGAAACAGUUGUGAGAUCCGCGAUUGGCAAUAUCAAAACUUACUCUCCAAUGAACGGCAAUGUAUUUCUUACAUACUACGAAACCAUGAAAGAUCAAAGGCAUAGCAGCGGGACUUUUGCUGACCCGGGUCAAGACAAGGAUCAAUUAUGUCAGACUGACAAUAUAACACAUCCCGAGCCUAUACUGCGGACGUUACGACCUACAUCCGAGCGAACAAGAGUUUGGUACGGUUCUAUUGGGUCUGGCGAUAGAUUGAUGAAGAAUGCUCUGGAGAGGGAUAAAUUGAGAGACAAGUUCAAUCUCAUCGGCCUUGAGAUGGAAGCAGCAGGAACUAUAAACACAAUCCCUGUUGGGGUGAUACGAGGGGUGUGCGACUAUGGAGAUGCGCAGAAAAACAAGGAGUGGCAGCCAUACGCAGCAGCAGUCGCUGCUGCAUAUGCGAAAGGAAUUCUUUACAGGAUCACACCGAUGAAGAAUCGAAAGAGACAGUCAAAUCGACACCAGGCAAGUUCAGGCGCGGAGAAAGCCCCCGAGUCACAAAUGGUACCUUUAAAACCAUUCCGGGUACUCCCUUUUGGUCGCAACAAAGAUUUUGUUGGCCGCCAAUCUCAGUUAGAUCGGCUGAUCAAGAUCCUAUAUACUGAGGACACCCAGGAAGACUGUCAACGUGCAGCUCUAGUAGGCCUUGGUGGUGUUGGGAAGACUCAGAUUGCUUUAGAAUGCGCUUUCCAACUCCAGAAGAUUCUUCCAAUGCUUUCCGUAUUUUGGGUCCGAGCUAGUAAUAUCACAAGUUUCGACAACGCAUAUCGUGAUAUUGGGCAGCAACUUAUUCCUGGACUAGAGGAUGAUAAAGCUGACGCCAAAAGAUUAGUCAAGACUAGAUUGUCCCAGGAAAGCACCGGAAAGUGGCUUUUGAUUAUGGACAACGCGGAUGACUUCGAAAUAUUCUACUCUGAUACUGGGAACAGCGCAGCUGGAAUGUUGUCUGAUUAUCUUCCUUUCAGUACACUUGGCGGAAUUCUAUUCACGACUCGGGAUCGUGAGGCUGCUACUAGAUACGCAGGCUCAAACGUCAUUGAUGUAGAUGAGAUGGACGGCACAGAUUCAAGGGAGCUCCUUCAAAGAAGUCUUCAAAACAAGCAACUGAUCGAGGACAAAGAUAAUACGACCAAAUUGCUAAAAUCGCUUGUCAAUCUUCCACUUGCAAUAAUGCAAGCAGCCGCAUACAUGAACGCUAAAGUCAGUACUAUCGCUCAAUAUCUUGGCAUCUACGAAGAGAGCAAUGAUAAUAUCAUUAAGUUGUUAAGCAAGGACUUCGAGGACAUAAGGAGAUAUCCGGAUGUGAAGAACCCAAUUGCUACUACGUGGCUUAUCUCCUUCGAGCAAAUUAAAGUCCGAGAUCCUUUAGCCGCGGAUUAUAUGGCCUUCGUUUCUUGUAUCAAAGAGCAACAUAUUCCUCAGGACUUAUUGCCUCCAGCUUCUAAGUUCGAAAAGAUAGAAGCACUUAGUACCUUGAAAGCUUUUGGGUUCAUUAAAGAACGCAUUGAUGGAGUAUCAUAUGAUGUACAUCGACUAGUUCAUAUGGCAAUGCAAAAUUGGUUGAAGCUCAAGAACGAAUGGAUCACUUGGAACCACAAGACCCUGAAUCGGAUUGAGAAUAUUUUCCCAUCGCCCGAGCAUCAGAACAGAACUAUAUGGUUGGUAUAUUUUCCUCAUGCAUAUUAUAUUGUUACUACCUUUAAUAUGGGGCUCGAUAGCACAAAGGUGGCAGAGAAGGCACUAAGGAGCUUGUUGUAUAGAUUAAAAAGGUGUUCGGAUAUCAGAGGCAGAUACGCAGAGGCUGAGGCGAUACACCGACAGACACUGCAGCUUAAUGAGGCAGUACUUGGGAAGGAGCACCCGGAAACGCUUGGAAGCACAAUGGACCUCGCAUUAUCACUUGACCACCAGGGCAAAUAUGCAGAGGCCGAAGCGAUACAUCGAGAGACGCUACAGCUCCAACAGGCAGUACUUGGGAAAGAGCACCCUGAUACGCUUGGAAGCACAAUGGGCCUCGCAUUAUCACUUGACCACCAGGGCAAACAUGCAGAGGCCGAAGAGAUACAUCAACAGACGCUGCAGCUCCAAGAGGUAGUACUUGGGAAGGAGCACCCUGACACUUUUGGAAGCAUGGAUAACCGCGCAUUAUCACUUAUCUACCAGGGUAACUAUGCAGAGGCCGAAGCGAUAUAUCGACAGGCGCUACAGCUCCAUGUGGCAGUAAUUGGGAAGGGGCACCCCGAUACUUUUGGAAGCAUGAAUAACCUCGUAUUAUCGCCUGUCCACCAGGGCAAAUACGCAGAGGCCAAUAUUAUAUAUCAACAAACGGAUCUCAAGUCCGACGGCCGACAAGACCAACUUGAUAUAACGACUCGCCAAAAGCGAAUAGCAAAACACGAUGAAUUAGGCCCGGGUAGAAGUACCCGAAUAAAACGAAACCAAGUAGAGUCCUAG